GACUACACUAAAAAGAAAGUUGUGUCGAAGGAACUGGAGAUUCUAGUUUAUGACAUUGCUACUCGGGUUGAUAGUCCAAUCAAUGCUGCAACAACAGUGAAGAAAUUAAUGGAGGAUAUGGCUAGAUGAGAUACAGAAUAUACCAUCACCAAGGUUCAGCCUUGACAAAGACACCAUUAAAGAUCAAUAGGAGGAAGCACAUCAUGAUGUUUAGUUGGCUGUUCGGAAAGCGCAAGGAGCAGCCAAAUACCUUGGCUACACUGGAAGAACUCAAUGAGAAACUCAAAAUGCUAGAGAAAAGGGAGCAAUUUCUUCUGAAGAAGAUGGCUGCUGAGGUUGAGAAAGCUAAGGAGUUCACCAGAGAAAACAACAAGAGAGCUGCUAUACAAUGCUUGAGAAGGAAAAAACUUCAUGAGCAAGAAGUUGAGAGGCUUGGGAACUACCAAUUGCGGAUUCAUGAUCAGAUUAUAUUGUUGGAAGGUGCAAAAUCUACAACAGAGACUGUUGAUGCAUUAAGAACUGGAGCAGCAGCUAUGAAGGCUAUGCUGAAAGAUACUAAUAUUGAUGAUGUGGAUAAGACACUGGAUGAAAUCAAUGAGCAGACACAGGAAAUGAAACAAAUUCAGGAAGCUUUGUCUGCUCCUAUUGGAGCAGCAGCUGAUUUUGAUGAAGAUGAAUUGGAAGCAGAACUUGAAGAGCUGGAGGCUGAUGAACUGGAGGAACUACUACUUCAGCCAGCAACAACUGCUCCUGCUCCUUCAGUGCAUGUUCCUGUCCAUAGACAACCAACUCAGCCAGAUCCACAGAAAACGCCUCCUGAAGAAGAACUUUCAGAAUUACAAGCUGAGAUGGCCAUCUAGAGAGAUGGUUUGCUUUUCAUCUCUACAAUGAAUGGCAGAAUUGCUACUUGCAGUUCAUGAUAAUACAAUUAUCGUUGUUGCUGCUGGUCUAGCUGAUAGUUACUGGCGGAAAUAUUUGUAAAGUUCAUGAUCGAGUAUGAGGAGCCUUGUGAGAUAAUGAACAAACUUCUGUUGUGUUUUGCUUAUCUUUCUAUUUUUUACUUGGUAAUUACAGCUCAGAUUGCCUCUAUGAUUUCUACUGUGCUUGGUAUGUUGGUAUGACAAAUUUUGAGUUGUGUG